AUGGCCCCGACAACCCCUCCAAAGAAAUCUCCGUCAAAGUCAGCCAGCCCUCCGACCAACGAAACAGAGCACCUGAAAGCGGGAGCAAAGACCACUUCAUCUUCACCCCCGGUCAAGGUCAAAACCGAAGACGACUCUGAGCGCGACUCGCUGUCUGCCGUUCCGCCCCCACCCAGCACUUCUGACCAAAAAGCCUUCGAAGUAGAGGAGCAGACUGCCGACGAGAUAGUCGCUGAUGUCAAAAACCUCAUCCCCAAUGAGGUUCCAGCAAGCUUGGCAGCUGAGCAACACGAGUCUUUGAGCACCUUGUACUGUGAUGCGCUGUUUACGGAUCUGACCAUCGCCUGCAAAGACCAGACAUUCAGUGUGCACAAGGUCGUCGUGUGCACGCAGUCUAGUGUCCUUCGACAUUACGCCAUGACACCGCCAAUUACUCUGGAGCAGUUUAAAGAUGGAGUCCUGGUGAUGCGCAUCUCCCGAGCCGACCUCAUGCAAGCGGCCAUUCAGUUUCUGUACCUCAAGGUGUACGAGCUGCCUUCCCCGGCACCUGAGAAGAAGGUGUGGUCCACGAAGCCCAAGCACAGCGUGGCCGAAUUCCUUUUCAGCUUGGAGCUCUACGACUUGGCCGAUAAACUACAUCUGCCCACCCUCAAGACCAACAUUGUCCAGCAACUCGCCAAGUGGAACACGUACAAGCGCAAGGUGGUCAACUUUCCCACGUUCCACGAGGCGAUCAACUUUAUUGCGGACAACAUCAGUGACAAGAACGAUCCCAUUCACGACGCCGUUGCGAACGUGCUCGCCCGCAACAAGAAGGUUCUGCGGACGGGUGAUAUGUUGGAGUGGCUAAAGGUGCGCCCGGAGAUGAUUUUGGAUCUCCUGGCUCGCAUUUGA